GCCGCCGCCGAGUCCCGCCGGGUCCGCGCCGCCCGCCGAGCCCGGCAGAGCCCCGCCGAGCUGCUGCCGCCCGCCAGUCUCUUCCAUCAGUCUGUCAGCCUCUCCACCUGUGAGAUGCUGUCCCUGGAUCCGCUGGGUCCCGAGUGUGACUCCCCCCUGGACUCCAAGGACCUGGAAGAAGAGGAGGGCCCAUGGGGUGGCGGCUCUGGCCUGCCACCCCCAGGCUGCUUCCAUGGUUCCUGGCGCCAUGACGUGGCCCUGGACUGCAAGGGCUCCCCCGAGGGGGCGGAGGCCCGGGCCUGGACUGUCUACUACUACAGUCUCCUGCAGAGCUGUCUGCAGCAAGCUGGCCUUCCGGAGACCCAAGACCGCAGCCAGGUGCCCCGCACAGGCUGUCCUGGGGCGGAGGUGACCUUGUGCAUUCUGGGAUCGCCCAGCACCUUUCUGUCUCUGCUGCUGGAGGGUGGGGUCCAGAGCCCGGGAAACAUGCUCCUUUGCCUGUCUCCUGCCUGGCUGACAAAGGUGCCAGCACCAGGGCAGCCAGGCGAGGCAGCCCUGCUGGUCUCCAAGGCUGUGAGCUUCCACCCGGGGGGCCUGACAUUCCUGGACGAUUUUGUCCCCCCUCGCCGCGCCACCUACUUCCUGGCAGGCCUGGGGCUGGGGCCGAGCCGGGGUCGAGAGGCAGCUGAGCUCGCUCGCGACCUGACCUGCCCCACAGGAGCCUCAGCCGAGCUGGCCCGGCUGCUGGAGGACCGGCUGCUGACGAGGCGAUUGCUAGCUCGGCAGGGUGACGUGGCUGUACCAGCUACCCUGGCUUUCACCUACAAGCCGCCGGCACUGCUGAGGGGAGGGGAUGCCAGCCCGGGACUACGGCUGGUGGAGCUGAAUGGCAAAGAGGGCCAAGAGACACUGGUGAAGGAGGAAGUAGGGGCUUUUCUGCACUCUGAGGCCCUGGGUGAUGCCCUGCAGGUAGCCAUGAAGCUCAGUGGCUGGCGCUGGAGGGGGCAGCAGGCAAUGCGUCUGUAUCCCCGAGCUGAGCUGGGCCCAGUGGUGGACACAGUGCUGGCAUUGCUGGAGAAACUAGAGGAGGAGGAGAGUGUCCUGGUGGAGGCUGUAUGCCCACCUGCCCGGCUGCCCUUCCCAGGCAGCCCCCUGCCUGGCCCUGAGCUGGCUCUGCGUAUCUGUGCUGUGGUCUGUCGGACACAGGGUGACAAGCCCCUGCUGAGCAAGGUGGUGUGCAGCGUGGGCCGUGGGGACCAGCCUCUGCGGCACCAGAGCUCCUUGCCACGGACGCUGGAGGCGGCGCUGGCCCAGUGCGGCCUGGGUGAGGCUUCGCAGGUGGCAGUCGUGCGGCAGCGCGUCAAGGCGGCGGCCGAGGCCGCGCUAGCCGCCGUGCUGACCCUGGAGGCCAGCCUGAGCGCUGAGCAGCGCGGCGGGCGCCAGGUCCGCACUGACUUCCUCGGGGUGGACUUCGCCCUGACGGUGGCCGGCCGCGCGCUGACCCCCGUGGCCCUGGAGCUGAACGGAGGCCUGUGUCUGGAGGCGUGUGGCGCGCUCGAAGGGCUGUGGGCCGCGCCGCGCCCGGGGCUGGCAGCCGAGGAGGCGGCGGCCGCGCCGCUGGUGGAGACGAUGCUGCGGCGCUCGGCGCGCUGCCUCAUGGAGGGAAAACAGCUGCUGCUGCUCGGCGCGGGCGGUGUCAGCAAGAAGUUCGUGUGGGAGGCGGCGCGCGACUACGGGCUGAAGCUGCACCUGGUGGACUCAGACCCCAACCACUUUGCGUCCCAGCUAGUGCAGACCUUCAUCCACUUCAAUAUAACAGAGCACCAGAGGGAUGAGGAGAACGCACGGGUGCUGGCGGAGCUGGUGCGGGCACGCGGCCUGCAGCUAGACGGCUGCUUUUCCUACUGGGAUGACUGCCUGGUGCUCACGGCCUUGCUCUGCCAGGAGCUGGGUCUGCCCUGCAACCCGCCAGCCGCCAUGCACGUGGCUAAGCAGAAGAGCCGCACCCAGCUGCACUUGUUGUGCCACCAUGGCCCACCCUGGCCUGCACCCUCCCUCUAUGCUGUGCCCUGCUGCCCAUUGGAGAGCGAGGCCGACGUGGACAGGGCUGUCCGCCAGGUGCCCCUGCCAGGUGUCAUGAAGCUGGAGUUUGGGGCGGGUGCAGUGGGUGUACGGCUGGUGGAGGACGCGUCACAGUGCCACGAGCACUUUUCCCGGAUCGCCCGAGACCUGCAGGUCGAGGCCGACUACCCCGGCAUCGGGCUGGGCUGGGGCAAUGCCAUGUUGCUGAUGGAGUUCAUCGAGGGCACCGAGCACGACGUGGAUCUGGUGUUGUUUGGGGGGAGACUGCUGGCUGCCUUCGUCUCCGACAAUGGCCCCACACGGCUGCCUGGCUUCACUGAGACAGCGGCCUGCAUGCCCACUGGGCUGGCACCGGAGCAGGAGGCGCAGCUGGUGCAGGCAGCCUUCCGCUGUUGCCUGGGCUGCGGGCUGCUGGAUGGGGUCUUCAACGUGGAGCUCAAGCUGACUAGGGCUGGGCCGCGGCUCAUCGAGAUCAACCCCCGCAUGGGUGGCUUCUACCUGCGAGACUGGAUCCUGGAGCUUUAUGGUGUGGACCUGCUGCUCGCUGCUGCUAUGGUGGCCUGCGGCCUGCGGCCUGCCUUGCCUGCCCACCCACGCGCCCGUGGCCACCUGGUGGGUGUCAUGUGCCUGGUGUCCCAGCACCUGCAGGCGCUGAGUUCCACCGCCAGCCGCGAGACCCUACAGGCUCUUCAUGACCAGGGCCUGCUGCGUCUCAAUCUGCUGGAGGAGACCCUUGUGCCUGGAGAAUACGAGGAGCCCUACUGCAGUGUGGCCUGUGCUGGGCCCAGCCCGGCCGAGGCCCGUCUCCGCCUGUUGGGCCUCUGCCAGGGCCUGGGCAUCGACGGGCCCCACUAUCCCGUUGCCUACUUCUUGUCCCACUUCAAAUAGUGCUGGGGCACAGGGCAGGGGCAAAGUGCUGGAGGGGAUGCGGUGGUGCCCUCUGCUCCCCGGCGCUCUCCCUGCUUCUCUUCCCAUGGCCCUGCCCCAACCGUUGGAGAGGUCUGGUCCCCUCCAAGGCCCCAGGUCUGUUCCAGAGCGGCAGGGCUAAUCUGACACCACGGCCUCCUGGACUUGAGGAGCCACAAAAGAAGUAGCUGGUGGGCUGCUUGUCCUCCCGAAGGCCCCAGUCCAGCCCGUAGCUUCCCAGGACUCUAGUCAUGGAGAAGCAACAACAGCUGCACACACACACGCACGCGCACACACACACACACACACCCUGCCCCCCAGGUUAGUUCGAGUGGGCCCAAACCCAGCCCAUCCUUCCCACCCCUCCAGGUCUGUCUCUUCCUGCUGCCUACAGGAGAGAACCUGGCCUCUGCCUUUGGACAAAUCCCAAGAAAAUCUGAGACUAAACCCCUCGUCCUCCUACUCUCACUCCCUCAUUUAACAAAUUCUAGAUAGUUCUGGAGCCUGCUGACAAUGUUUGGCAGUGCCCCACGUGCCUCAUUUGGCCUGAGCAGUAGAAGCAGAUGACUUGGGGUCAGUAGUAACCAUCUCCCCUCCAGGCAGACACUAUUGCCCCAUUCUACAGAAAAGGAAACAGGCUCAGAGAGGAAAAGCCACUGCCUCAAUGUCAUACCACAGCGGAUGAAGAGUGGAGGGACAAGAUGCAAGGUCCAGGUUUCUGCUUUUACUAAGUUGUACCUGCCCACUCAGCUUCCAGGCCCCACUCACCUCCUGUAUGUGGCCCUGAGACAUGUGAACGCCCCUCCCGUGCACUAUGCACCUUAUCCACCAAGCUUUGGUGCUUUGGCCUCAGGCACACCUAACUAGCAUUGGCAGAGGAGACUCUACACUCCCUUCCUCAUUCAGGGGAGGCUGCUUUAAGAACUCUGCCUCUGUGCUGCACGGGAGCUGUGGACAGCUCCAUAAGCGUCCCUCUCCAAAUAAAGGCUUAUGGCCUAGUGAAA